GCCGCCCCCCACGCCCAGGGCUCGGAGUGGCCACGUCACCUCGGUGUGUGUGUGUGUGUCUGUGUGAGGGUGUGGGUGUGUGUGGGCACGCCCAGAUCGGGCUCCGGCAGCGGGGAGGUGUGUGCAGGGGGCAUCGCUGGGCCUCGGGGCCAGGGGAGGCUGCAGGAGUUGGGCCAGGGAGGCCCCGAGGUGCAAGGGCUGCAGCGGCUGCAACAGCUGCAGCGAGAGGAGGAGGCCGGAGCCCGGAAGCGGGGAGAGAAACUUUCCCCAAGAGGAGGAGGAGGAAAGUGUCCGUCCCUGGGGCAAGUGGUCAACGGAACCGGGCGGAGGGAAGGGAAGGGGGCCCGUCUCGGCCACCUCCCACAGGAAGCCCCACCGAAGGGCAGGCUCAGGGAGGGAGGGAGAGCCCCCCCGGCCCCUUCCCCGCAGACAUGAACGUCUUUCGGAUCCUGGGGGACGUCUCCCACUUGCUGGCCAUGAUCCUGCUUCUGCUCAAGAUUUGGAGGUCCAAGUGCUGCACAGGUAUUUCCGGGAAGAGCCAGAUCCUGUUUGCUCUUGUCUUCACAACCCGCUACCUUGAUCUUUUCACCAAUUUUGUUUCUCUUUACAACACUGUGAUGAAGGUCAUUUUCCUGCUGUGCGCUUAUCUCACCGUAUACAUGAUCUAUGGGAAGUUUCGAAAAACUUUUGAUAGUGAAAACGAUACCUUUCGCCUGGAAUUCCUCUUGGUGCCCAUCACUGGCCUCUCCUUCCUCGAGAAUUACAGUUUCACUCCACUGGAGAUCCUCUGGACCUUCUCCAUUUACCUGGAGUCCGUGGCGAUUCUGCCACAGCUGUUCAUGAUCAGCAAGACAGGAGAGGCGGAGACCAUCACUACGCAUUACCUUUUCUUCCUUGGCCUCUAUCGGGCACUCUACCUGGCCAACUGGAUCUGGCGCUAUCACACCGAAAACUUCUACGACCAAAUUGCAGUGGUGUCCGGGGUGGUCCAAACCAUCUUCUACUGUGACUUCUUCUACUUGUACGUCACCAAAGUCCUGAAAGGAAAGAAGUUAAGCCUUCCGAUGCCGGUCUGAGAACCUCAAGAGAACUGGGAGCCCAAACCUUAAGCAGAAGUAGAUACAGGGAUUUCAAAAGUUUCCUUCCCUUGUCCUUACUAUGAAUAGCUUGACUCGGGCAGCUGAGGGACAGUCAUCUAUCCUGAUGAGUGCUGGGCUCCCUAACCAAUGGGCUUCCAUUACUGCAAUGAAGACAACGUGCCUUCAGCUAAGGAGUAUUGGAACAUCUUCCUUAAUGGCUGUUCACGCGGGAGGUUGUUUCCCCCUUUCUUCAGGCUGGAUGAAACCACCCUGAAAGCUUUAAGCCUUCUAUUCCUGUCCAGUAGCAGAGGCCACAGUUAGUCGAUUCCUCCCUUAAAAUUAUUCCGCCCUGCCUUGCUGCGUCACAGAGAAGGCCCUGGUUUUCCCUUUGGCAUAUUUAACCCUCAAGUUUGACUCUGCUUUUCCCCCAACCACUCUCUUGCUGAGUUGGCCAACAAUACCAAGUGCACUGCUUUCUGGGGCUGCUACUCUAAAAGGAAAAAAAGCCCCACAACUGAGUUGCCAUCACUUUGGACCAAAGAUUAAUUAGUGUCUAUGAAUGUGAUUUUACAGCCAACCCGACUCAUACGUUUCAGUCACCCCACCCACACUUAUUGCUAUUGUUCUUGUCUGUCCGUCUCCCCCCAUUAGACUGUAAGCCCGUCAAAGGGCAGGGACUGUUACCCAUCUGUACAUUCCAAGCGCUUAGUACAGUGCUCUGCACAUAGUAAGCGCUCAAUAAAUACUAUUGAAUGAACUACCAGUUUGCAGGCUAUUGAUGCUCGAAAUAACCUAUAAUCUCUAAUAUCUAUUCCCAAACCCUCUCCUCCUAAUACUAAAGAAAAUGAAAACUAGAAGAAGCUGCAAGCACUUCUCUGGCCUCCGGACCAAGGGAAGGGGGAAGGGGGAACUGGUGAAAUAAAGACCUGACUCAA